AUGAACGAUAAGAUCUUCUACCGCUAUAACAAUGAAAUCAUCGAAGAGAUCUCAAUUUUAAAAAGAAAGCAAAGUGUCAAACCAGCAACAGAGGAAAUAGAAGAAAAUGCCAGUGGAUUUCCCCGUCUAAGCGUUGCCGAAAACUUACAGGACGAUGGUAAAGAUUCUGGCACGGUACCGUACAGGGAGCGAUACACUGUUUGUUUCCAGGCCAUUCGAACGAAAGAUGUGCGAGAAUAUGUUAAAUGGAUGAUGUACUGGAUUGUUUUUGCAAUGUACACGUUGAUAGAAGCGCUAGCAGAUAUAUUCAUCUCUUUCUGGUUUCCCUUCUAUUAUCAACUCAAAAUCGUUUUCGUGUUAUGGUUACUGAGUCCGUGGACAAAGGGCGCAUCGAUUUUAUACCGGAAGGUAUGUUCUCCACGAUUGUUGAAUCGUUUAUUUUUCUUGUUGAUAUUUGUUUUGUACUUUUGUUUGUAA